AUGAAUCAAUCAGCAACUCUACAGUCUCUUUCUUCUACGAUUGGUCUGAAAGUCACAGAAUUUUCAAAUCUUCUCAAGGAAGCUGGUCUCCCAGAGCCCUCAUUUGCCGAGAAGAGUUAUGCCGACUUUGCUCAUGGAACAGCAACUUCGACAGAGAGUACCUUACGCCAGGUCAGGAAUGACCUAAUCGAUGCAGCAAAAGAUAUAAUACGCUUGGCUAUGGGGCCAAUUGAUCAGGUUUUAUCAUUGGCAUGGUCGGCCUCCGAUACCGCCAACAUCAACAUCAUCAAUACAUUUUCCAUUGCUCAGAAUGUCCCCUCUGGCUCAUCUAUCUCCGCCGAAGAUCUCUCUGCCGCAACAGGUCUGCCCGUGGACGAGCUCACCCGUACUGUUCGUUACGCAAUCACGAACGGCAUCUUCACCGAGUAUACACCAGGACUUUUCGCACACAGCGCUGCAUCUGCGGCUCUCGCACACAACAAGCACCUCAGGGACAUUUGUGAUUUUAACACCGACUUUCUGGCCUCAAUCCAAAUCAAGCUAGCCGAGGCUUUGAAGGCAAGAGCAUCAGGAGCAAGCGACGCGCCCCAUGCUGCAUUUAAUGUGGCAUAUAGAACGAAAGACGAUCUGUUCCAACAUUUCCACAAAGAUGCGGAUUUGAACGCGAAAUAUCAUGCGUACCUGGCCGGACGCGUGAAUACACCACUUUGGUCCGUCGAUCGCCUUUUGACAGCUUGGAAUUGGAGUGCAUUAGGAGACGCCACUGUUGUAGAUUGCGGUGGCUCGUCGGGUCACACUUGUGUCUCAUUAGCAUCUAUCUGCCCGCAGACGAAGUUCAUUGUGCAAGAUAUGUCUACUGAUGCGAUGGAGCUUGGUCGUGAGAGCGUCGCAUUCCUCUCGUCAUCGGAUUCAUCAAGUCCAUAUCACGAUCUAAGUUCCCGGAUCACAUUCGCUACGCACGAUUUCUUCACUGAACAAAAGACCCUCGCUGAUGUGUAUAUUUUUCGACACAUUUUGCACGACUGGAACGAUGAAAACAGUGUCAAGAUAUUGAAGGCUCUAGUUCCAGCUUUAGAGAAAAAGUCUGCUCAAUGCAAUGGGCGACAUCCUCGAGUCCUUAUAAGCGAGGGGAUUGUUCCUCCACCGCCUGAGAAGAGAAGAGGAACAGUAACAGAAAAAAUGAUCAGAAUCGAGGAUUCCAUCAUGCUCGCGGCUCAUAACGCUUGUGAACGCAACGUUCAAGAUUUCAUUGACAUUUUCCAGGCCGCAGACCCCCGCUUCUCUUUCAUUGGGGAGACUUCUGGGGCCAAAGAAGGAGCGUUUCAAUCCCUGCUCGAGUUCGAGUUUGUUUAG